AUGCUUGCGCAUCCUCCGACCACCGCGGCAGGAGCGAUAGUUGCCUUCUGGGUCGGCUUCGCGGCCCACGGCUUUCUCGGGCCUGCGGUGGUUCCUGAGCCUGACUGGCCUCGUGACGGGCCAGGACACGAGCUAGAGGACGCCUCCACCAGCUCGUCCAUCACCAGCGUGACGCGGGAACCGUGCCCCGCCUUCGACCCGCAGAUCCAUUGCCCGGCGCCGCCGGCGCCACCAGCGCCCACCCCAGCGUCCCCGGAGGCGCUGCGCGUGGUGGGCGAGGGCGUGACCGCGACCGUCGAGGUCCCGGUGGUGCCGGCGAGCGCGAUCGUCAUCGUGCUGCAGGCCUUCGUCGGCUGGGGCUGCUGCCGCUGGUGCGAGGGCCGGGUUUCGGCACGGCGCGGGCUUGAGCCCGUCGGAGAGGCGCGGAUCCACUAUUCGACGGAUCCAGGCUGGACGCAUGAGCGUGUUCUGUGCUGGCCCACGGCCGCUGACCUCUCGGAGUGGAUGGUGUAUACUGCUGGCAACCAUCUGUACCCUGAAGGGCGGGCCGACUAUACCUCAGUGGUGAAGUGGACUGGCAAGCGAGUGUACCCGCCUGGCACGACCAAUGUGGUUGCCUUCAGCCGGCCCCUGACUGACGAGGAGCUCCUCAGCGUCGUCAAGCGGGGCCGCGGUGAGGCGAUCGCUGACCACGGCAACGCGGCCGCCACAUGGGCCGGGACAGGUGUGACCUGGACCGGUCGCCGCCUCGCAGUGCCGGACGUGAUGGCGGUCGACGCGCCGAGGGUGAGACUGUCGCCGAACGCCGUCGUCCGGGGCAGGUAUGGCGUCGACCAGGACCCGCGGGGCGAGUGGUUCCCGAUCGAGUUCGUGACGGACGACGCGAUGGAGCGGUGGCGCGAGGAUAAGCUGGUGGCGGCCGACAAGCUCCGGCCCGCCCGCGAGGCCUUAGAGGAGAGGCUCUUCCCGGGCCGCGAGGCCGGCGCUGGCGGGACCGCCACCCCCCCGCCAGAGCCAGAGGGCGGGGGGCUUGGCCCCGAGUGCGUCGCCACUCACGAGAGGGAGGACUUGCGCACGUGCUGGAUCGACACCGACGAGACCGGUGCCAGGUUCAAGGAGUGGAGGAAGGUCGUGCAGGAGAGCACACAGGAGAUCUUCUCGGACUCGAGCAUCCGUGGGCCUCCCGCCUGCCUCGAGAUUUGUCGUAAGAUGUAUCGCCAUGGUGGCACACCCAAGAUGUGGUUUCAGGAGUGGUGCAAGGAGCAGGGCGUGACCAGGAAGGAUCGCGCCUACCACGAGGUGCAGACCUUGAUCGAAGUAUUGUACCUGGCGGGCACCUAUGACCAGCUCAACAUGGACGCCCUGGCGUCGUUGGAGGUGGUCUCGCGGCGGCUGCUGCAGUAUGUGGAGGCCUACGCGCACGGGGCCGAGAACGCGAACUGGGGCGCGGCGAAGCACCUGGGCGGCACGACCAACCCGCUCGACUUGGUGCCCGACGCGCUCCGGAGCUAUGCCAGCCGACUGUCCAAGGAGGAGCAGGAGCUGGAGGCGCUGCGGAUGCGGUCCCGUGUCCCCGGCGCUGCUCCAGCCGACGGCGCGGGCGCGGCAGCCGCGGCCCUGCCGGCGGCGCCGCGGCCGGCGCUGAGGGAGGUGAUGCGGCCGGCAAGGGCCGCGGUCGAGGCGGGCGGGGCCGCCGAGGGAGGCGGGUGCCCGACCGUCUCCCGCAGAACCAAGGGCAGUUCGGGGCUCCGUGGGUCGGCCUGCCUGCCCAUAGCCCCGUUGGCGGCGCUCCCUGACGACUGGUGCGACGGCCUGACGCCUGGUCAGCGGCGCCGCUGGCUGCGAGACGGCAACGCAGCCUGCAAGAGCUUGAAUUACUUGCACGGUGGUGAGCAUCGCAGUGGCACGGCGCCCGAGGGGAGCGUUAGCCAGCGUAAGAUGGAUCUCAUCAGGGCCGAUGUGCAGCAGCGCGUCUUCUCGGCGGCUCGUCGCUGGAUUGACGUUGACAGCGCCAUCACAGAGCAGGAGGCUUUGGCCAAGCUUCUGAAGGGCAAGGCGGGCUACGCUCCCCUUGGCUCUACCAGCAUGGGCUCCUACGAGUACUCGCGGGUCAGCUUGCCGGACUGCGUCCUGGACGCCCCCAGUCUGGCCCAGAUGCUACCUGCGGAGGCGAGGAUUUUUCUCGAGGAGUACUCCACCAAGAUGCUGCUUCCCCCUCGUGAGGCGGCACUAAUACGAGAGCUUCAUGGACUUCCUGGUUGUCAUACUGACCCUCUGCUGCUCCAACGUCCUCGGAGCUACGCGAAGUUCGUGAGACGAGCGCUCAGGAUCGGGCUCGUGACUUUGACCCGACGACCUUUGAGCGUUCUUGGACUGUUUUUUGUAAAGAAGAAGGAUGGUGAGCGCCUGCGCCUCAUCGUGGACUGUAGACGCAGCAAUGCUCUUUUUCGUCCCCCGCCUGGUGUCGACUUGCUGUCAGGUGAAGGGCUUGGCCGCAUCGAGGUGCCGGUGCUUAAGGAGGGGGACCUCGGCGAGCUGCGCGUUGUCCUGGGGGUCGGCGACGUCGCCGACUGCUUCCAUCGGAUGAAGCUGGACGGCGACAUUCGGCGCUACUUCUGCUGGCCGCCGCUGCUAGCCUCUGCCACAGGCGAGACCCUCAUCGAGGGUCAGGCGGCUGGCGACUCGGAGAUGGUGUGGCCCAUGAGUCAGAGCUUGCCGAUGGGCUUCUCAUGGUCGCUCUUCUUCGCGCAGGCGGCCAACCAGUCGCGGCUCGAUCGGCAGCCGUCCUUGGCAAAGAGCUUGCGGCUCAGUGAUCGAGGGCCGCCUCUUGUCCUUCGCCGCGGGCCACAUAGUGAGAACCUCGGCCACUUCAUGUACGUCGACAACGCCGGCGUCCUUGGCUUGUCGGACACCGCCGUCCGCUCAGCCCUUCACGAAGCCCAGACCGAUUUCGAUCGUGACCAUCUCAAGUUUCAUGAGGUUGAACUUCACGUGGGAGGUGGUCGUACACUGGGCUGCCACCUGGAUGGAGCGAGGCUCUGCACGCGGCCUACGGACGAGAGGUUCGCAGCCGUGCGGAAGGGCCUGCGAUGUCUCCUCAGGCAGCGCAAGGUUGCCGGGUGGCAGCUUGAGAUGGUGCUGGGCCACAUGACGUUCAUGGCCUUGGUUCGGCGCGAGCUGCUGUCUAUCUUUCACGCAGUGCACGCUUUCGUGACGAGCAGCUAUCACACCUUUUCAGUCCUUUGGCCCACUGUUCGAGAGGAACUGGAGUGCUUCUUGGGAUUGAUGGUGAUGCUCGAGGCUCGCUGGGACCGCGACUGGAUGCCUUUCGUUUACUCGUCGGACGCCAGCCUUUACGGAUACGGCGUCGCAGAGGCGGAGUUCGACUCUGUCCAGGUGGCUCUAGUCGGCCGCAUCUCGGAGCUGAGUCGGUGGCGUUUGGGCGCUGGUCUGGCUCGUCAGCACGCCUUCGAGAGUGCCGGGUUUCUUUUGAACUCAGAGACGGGCGAGGUUGUCCGCGACGCCGAGGGGGUCCCGCAUGAGCUGCUUCACGAUUCCCACUGGAAGACCGUGAUGGCAGAUCGCUGGGUUUUUGCUGACGAUAUUCUGAGGCUUGAGGCCAGAGCACUGGUGAAGCGGACGCUGCAGCGCGAGAGCCUGCCGCCGCGGGCGCCGGCCGCGGGCUCCCUGCAGGAGCCGGCGGCGAAUGCGCCUUGCAGAGUGCGCACCCUGAGCCCGGGGGCGGGCGCGAGCAGCUCUGCGGCGGCCCCGCCGGCGAGGCGAGCGCGUGUGCUGGACGCGUCCCAGGGCCUGGAUGCGAGGCUCGUGGCUGCCGCCCCGCCGCACUGCCCGGCGCAGACGGACACCGUGGAGGCCUUCCUCGAGACGCCGGCGGGCAAGCUGAUUCCAGCAAGCGCCGGCGUCCCCGCGGCGGCCGUGGACGCGGGCGCCUCACAGAGCUACGAGAGCAGCGACGUGGAGGAGCGGCGGGUGGUGACCGCCUCGCGCCGGAACCUCGAGCUUCGGGGCAAGGCUCGCGACCGCAGGGCCAUCCAGGCCCGCGGCGGCGACGUCUGGAGGCACGGCCACAACACGGGGCUGAGCUACUUGGAGAAGCGCUCGGUGGGGGCCAGGUCGCUGGAGACCUACCGAGAGUGCGCCCUCGCGUUCUGUGCCUGGGCAGGCUUCUUGCUGACAGCCAUGCCCGCGUCGGCCGUGCUGGACGUAAAGUUGGUCGAGUGCAUGAACAAGCUCUUCCUCGAGGGGGUCAAGAGCUGGCGUGGAGAGAAGCUCAUUGCUGCAAUGAUGUUCUUCCACCCGGACUAUGGGAAGUCUGGUGGCCUCUACAUGCCACGUGCCCUUCGUACUCUCAAAGGUUGGAAGCGGCUCAGCCCAUCAAGAUCGCGGAAGCCCUUGGUGUUCGCGAUAUGGGCGGGCAUCGCGGUCGAGUUGGCCAGGCUGGGCGCUCCUCUCGCCGGGGUGAUGGUGCUCAUCAUGGUGGAGUGCUAUCUUCGACCCGGCGAGAUGCUGGGGCUGACGUCGAACUCGUUCCUGCCACCUUGCAGCCACGCCGUGGACAACUGGGUGCUGCUCCUCUUCCCGGAGAGCGGCGCGGCGCGCAGCAAGACGGGGUCGUCGGACGACUCGAUCCCGAUCGAUUCAGGAAGGAUGGCCUGGAUGCAUCACAUCUACCGGGCCCUUCGCGAUCGAGGGUCGUCUCAGCCGCUGCUCGGCCUGACCUACCCGCAGUUCUUGGCGCUGUUCAGGCGGGCGGCUCACAACAUCGGGGUCGACGCGGUGCCCUACCAGGGGAGACACUCCGGGGCAAGCCUGGACAGGGCCUCGAACCGCCGGACUCAAGAGGAGGUCCAGAAACGCGGGCGCUGGGCCACACUCACCUCGGUCAAGCGCUACGAGAAGGCGGGCAGGCUGAACGAGUCGUGGGAAGGCCUGUCGGAGCUCACGAAGUCGUUCUGCGUGGCUGCUCUGAGGGCGAUGGAGGAUGUCAUCCUUCACGGUACCCCGUCAGGAGUGCCCAGUUUCCUCAGGGCCUACCACGAUUGCGAGCCCAUGAUCGUGAAACAGUAA